AUGGGAACAGAAAAGGGAGAUGAGAUACAGAGGGAGAGAGAGGGGGCAAGAGAUGUGAACCACACAAUGUUUCCCAAUGCCUCUCUUCCCACGCACAUACUCACCCUUUCUAAGGAUGACCAGGCAACUAAGGUGGGCAUGAGUGCUGGCUUGGUCAAUGUCAGCAUCAUCCUCUACACGCUCACUGUUGUGCUUGGCAUCACAGGAAACUCCAUAGUGAUCUGGGUUGCUGGAUUCAAGCUUAAGCUGACGGUCACCAAUGUGUGGUUGGUGAAUUUGGCAAUAGCAGACCUGAUCUUCUGCUUCACAAGAAUCUUCUCUCUCACUCGGCUGUUCUUGUCAGACCACUGGCCUUUUGGCCUGUUCCUCUGCAAGUUCACCGGCUUCUUCAAAUAUGCCAACAUGUUCUGCUCUGUGUUCCUGUUGGCUGUGAUCAGUCUGGAUCGAAUGGUCUGCAUCUGGUGGCCAGUCUUCACAAGGCGUCGACGCACGCUAUGGGUAGCGAGGGUGGUAGCAGUCUGCGUCUGGAUUGCAGCUAUCCUCUUCAGCAUUCCCUACUUCAUCCAUCGACAAACUUACAUAGACAACAACAACCUGACUAAAUGUUCUGUGGACUCGAUUGAGAAGGCAGAAGGGUACAACAGCACCAAAGUAGCUCUCUACUCCAUCCGCUUCCUGUGUGGCUUCAUAUUUCCUUUUAUGGUCAUCCUCAUCUGUUAUACCUUGGCUGGGGUGGGAAUCCGACGCACCCGUCUGUCAGGGAAGUCCCGUCCUCUGCGUGUAAUAGCAUGUUUGGUCAUUGCCUUCUUCCUGUGUUGGGCACCUUACCACUGCCUCUUAAUGGUGAAGAUGGUGGACAAUAAUAUUGCACUGUUGAAAAUCUUGUACCCUGUAGCAAUGGGCAUUGCCUACUUUAACAGCUGUGUAAACCCGCUGCUGUAUUUUUGCAUGGGUCUAAAAAUGAGUGAGGGAUUUAGACAAGGUCUAAUGAAAAUUUAUAGAAGGGCUCUGUCAGAUGAUAUGGAUGUCCAAAUUACUCAGUGCACUGAACAUUCUUUGGACUGA